AUGAAGUUCCUUCAUCUCUUACCAUAUCUAGCUCUGGCAGCUGCUGUUCCUAUACAACAUGCUGCAGAGGGUGUAGCGUCUCUCGCCAAGCGCCAGCUAAGCACAACACGAAAUGAACUCGAAUUAGGGAGCUCAUCUGCCUGCCCCCGAGUUAUCUUUAUUUUUGCUCGUGCCUCUACAGAAAUUGGUAACAUGGGAGCAUCUGCUGGUCCAGCCGUCGCGAACGCUCUUGAGAGCCAUUAUGGUGCCUCUCAAGUGUGGGUUCAGGGCGUUGGCAGCCCGUACACCGCUGACUUGGCUUCGAACUUUCUCCCUGGGGGGACGAGUCAGGCCGCCAUCAACGAGGCAAAGCGUCUCUUUAAUGAGGCAAACCAGAAAUGCCCUAACUCAGCAAUCGUUGCAGGUGGCUACAGUCAAGGUACUGCGGUCAUGUCGGGUUCUAUUUCCGGCCUGAGUUCCACCGUUCAAAACCAGAUCAAAGGUGUUGUACUCUUUGGAUACACGCAAAACUUCCAAAAUGGGGGCGGCAUACCAAACUUCCCGAGCUCUAAGCUUGACGUUUUCUGUGCAGCAACUGAUGCAGUUUGUUACGGCACCUUGUUUAUUCUCCCUGCGCACUUUCUGUAUAUAGAUGAAGCAGCUGAUGAGGCCCCCGAUUUUCUUAUCAACCGGAUCGGUUAG